AAAAUAAUAAAAGUCCCCAGACUCUACCUUAUGGACCAAACACUGACAAUAACACAAUAUUAGGGCAAAUAUAUAUAUGUUUAACGUGUCGUUCGGUGUUAGUAUUUUUUGUGAUAUUUAAUAUUUAUUUUAAACUGUUAUUAACAUUUAUGUUUGUUUCUUUGUUUGCUUUAAUAACACUUGCUCACAACGCUUCCUGAAUACGUGCUUCCGGAUCGGGUGUCGGUUGAGACUCGGUUCAGAGUCAGAACUGUCACUGAUUUGUUCACAACACAAGCAGCUCUAAUAUGAAAUAAUGAGCUGAUUAUAAUUUCAGGUAAGACGAGAUCAGGUUCGGAGCUGGAGGAAGUCGGCUGCUUUUUCAGAGACAUGUGGGUUUUCGGUUACGGAUCACUUAUUUGGAAAGUUGACUUUCCUUUCGAGGAGAAACGAGUCGGUUUCAUUAAAGGUUUCAGUCGCCGGUUCUGGCAGGGAAGCACUGAUCACCGUGGGGUCCCUGGGAAGCCUGGACGUGUGGUGACGUUAAUUGAAGAUCCAGAGGGAUGUGUUUGGGGUGUUGCUUACAAACUUCCAUCAGGCAGAGAGAAUGAGGUGAAGGAGUUUCUGGACUACAGAGAGAAAGGUGGAUAUAGAGUGAUGAAAGUUACAUUUUAUCCUAAAGAAGAGGAACAUGAGCCCAUCCAUGACACACUACUCUACGUCGGAUCCUGUGACAACCCAAACUACCUCGGACCAGCACCUCUGGAACUGAUCGCACAGCAGAUCGUCGGCUCAGUUGGACCCAGUGGAAAAAACACAGAGUAUUUAUUUGAGCUGGCUGAUGCACUCAGGGAGCUGAUACCUGAAGACACAGAUGAUCACCUGUUCUCCUUGGAGCGCUUGGUCAAGGAACGUCUACAGGAAACUGCAGUUACACACCUUCGUAAUGAUCACUAAAUUAGAUGUUGUAUUCACAUUUGAGGGACAUCAACUGUAUAAAAUGCACUGAAACUCC